GCUGGAGGUGCCCCCCCCACCACCACCACCCUCUGGCCCGCCACGCGUUCCUCGUGACACCCCCCCCCCCCCCCCUCCCUGUCCCGACGCCCCAAGCAGCCCUCCUCCAUCUUCUUCAAGACGCUCCGCCACCAGUGGGUACGCGUGCGAAUGCUGAGCGCAGACUAGUUUCUCGCACGCGCCGCCGUCUGAACGCAGCUGGAUCCUGGACUGGCUGGUUGUCGAAGCGGUGACCGAUUGCGCUCGUGAGCGCCUGAAAAUCGGCGCCUCGUAAGGGGCACCCUCGGAACACUCUCGCGACCAGUGUGCUCGGUGAACAAAGGUGGCAGCAGGACAUCGGAACGGCCCGUCGGCGGUCAAGGCUGUCGGUAGCACGCCUCGAGACAUUGCGUCGUCAGCUAUACGAGUGGUGCGCAGCAGCUACAGCGGACCCAGCGGGUGCUCGAACCUUCACGGCUUCGAGAAGACGACGUUCUGGUGCGGUGGUGUGAGUGUUGUUUGUGACCUUUCUCCGACCCUGUAAAGUGAACCAGUGAAGCCUGGAUUACACCGCUACAUCGCGUUGUUCGCUGUGCGUGUGACGUGCGCAUUCGGAACUGCUGCAACUGGGAACAGCGGAGCGCGCGCAGUAGAAUUCUCGGCGUGUGACCUUGCUGCAGGUGGGAUCUCUCUGUUUCCUUGUGCCUUAAUGAAACUCCAUCGUGUCGGUUCGGGCUGAACUUUUUUCACCUGCCCCUGAAAGCUGGCGCCGUGGUAUUAACUUAAGCCGCAUGAAAUUGCGCCAAAUGAACGUUCAUCGAGGUCCGACAAGCACAGAUCGUAGAACGAACGUUCAGUGUCGAGCGGUGAGCUUCUCACACACGUGUUCCUCUACGUUAGGCUCUCAGUACUGAAUUGCCUACUGAGUGCAAAAUAUAACAGUGAAGAGUAGUCAACGUUGCCAGGCCAUACAUGAGACUACGCAAGUUCCUAAGUCACCACGUCGACAAACAGGACACGUUCCAAGUGUUCCACUGUUCAGAUGCACAGAAGCCAGUGUAAAAAUCUUGUGAAGCGGCUGUGAGCACUACGCGCCAAGUAAUACUGAGGCCGUUCACAGAAGUGCCGGAAACAAAGCAAGACAACAUCGGCAAAGGCGGCCAUUACGCUUCUUGUAGGUCUGACACAGUUGCAAAUCACCCUAAAAUUCACUAUUGCCCAAAACACGUGUGAGCUUCAAACGAGCAAAGUGGAAACGCCAUUGAAUUGUCUAAAACCUUCCGUGACGCCUUGCCGGUCUUGAAACUUAAACCGUAUCGGUAACACCUUCGUUGCGCAAGGCUUCAACGCAGUCUCCUCGUCACCGGUACUGAAGCAGCAGUGACUCACCUUGAUUCCGACGGUUCGCUUCUUAUUCUUUGACACGCGCAGAUGUGCACCUCACCUUCGCCUGCUCGUGAAAAACGUCGAGAAUGAAGAUCUAUUCGAAUGCCGCUGUCAAUUGCUGUCGAAGUGAACGCAAGUUUCUGAAUCGCGCUCGCUCUUCGGAUCACUGUUGACUAAAGCACAAACAACGGGCCUUCUUCUUCGCAAGCGUCAGUCUGUGCUAAGUGCAACAUCUCGUGUCUUAUCUGCAUUCGUGCGGCAAAGCAAGCACGCCGUUGUCUUGCCAAAGAGCCCCCGUUCAGUCUACACAAGCGAGGAACAAAAAUGCACCUGUAACCAGACGCACUCCUGAUCGUGCAACGAAGGCUUAACCACGUGUGACCGGAACACUCCGACGACGAAGGCAUACAUAAGGGCCAUCAAUCAACUCGCCGGAUGAAACAGCGACUCCUUUUGUUCACUUGAGUUGGCACUGAAGAAGGACCCCCUCGUGCAUCCCGGCCGCGGUCGACGUUGCGGACAAAGAAGUGUGGCUGUUCGGCGCUGUCCGAUUCACUCGUGGACGCUUCCAGUGUCACCGCGUGCUCCGCGUGAUUGUGAAGGUUGUCUUAACAUUCUCAGGAACGCUCGGUAUAUAGCUCGACACCUUUCAGCGCUGAUUUUGCGGUGUGAGUUCUUUUUCUGUUUUUUGUCUCUCGUUUCUGGCACGGGAAGAUGAGAGAAAUCCUUGUUCCUACGGACGUCGUCAGGAAUCCCGAAGAAACGUUAAAGGGACUCGUUGUCCCAUUUGAAGCCUCGUUGAAAGCGCAUUCUGGCAGGUAGUUGUUGAAGUGUCUUCAAGAAGUUAUCAAUCACCUUUCAGGUUGUAAUGGAUGAAGAUAAGAAAAAUCUGUUUUCCCUAUAGAAGUGUCUGAGGGGCACGACAAGACUUACAACUGACUUUUGUCUUUUUUCGUUGCUUUGAUGUAUUCUGCGGUAGAAGGUUUCACAAGGCGUCCACUCUCGUUCACAAGCUGUCAGUGAGAGAUAAAUCUUCUGAAAGUAUUGUGGAACGCUUCCAAACCAAGGGCCAUCCGAGCAAAACAUUACCACGAACCCUUGGAAACGUCGGCCCAAGUUCUCUUCAAUUUCGAACAAUACGGAGCUUCGGCAGAAGCUCGCCCUAACGCCAUAGGUACGUCACGCCUACCGCGUCACGAAACAAGCACAAUGCCAUCAACACCGAGGCGGAGCAGUGGCGGUGGCGGAGGCUUCUCCGAAGACAGCUUCUUCCCGAAGAAGGUCAUCGAGCUGGUCACCAUGGAACCGAGCUCGAGUCGCCGAAACCGGCACAACCACCACCACAGCCCGCAUCACCACCAGCCGUCGUCUUCCAUGGCCCCGUCGGGCAGGCCGUUCGACGACGAAGACGACAGUUGCUCGGGAGACAGCGCCGACGGACUGUCCAUGGACCCCCUGGACGACAAUCCGGGCAUCCAGGCGGCCGUGAGCAAGGUGCUGCAGAGCUACGACUGGUCCCUCGUGGCCAAGACGACGCGGCAGACCACUUCGGAGAAGAAGCGCCAGCACGUCAAGCGGCCCAUGAACGCGUUCAUGGUGUGGGCCCAAGCAGCCCGGCGAAAGCUCGCCGACCAGUACCCGCACCUGCACAACGCCGAGCUCAGCAAGACCCUCGGCAAGCUCUGGAGGGUCCUUGGCGAUGACGAGAAACGACCGUUCAUGGAGGAGGCCGAGCGGCUUCGAUGCAAGCACAAAAAGGACCACCCGGACUACAAGUACCAACCGCGCCGCCGGAAACCGCUGAAGGGAUUCGAACCGCCGCCCCCGCAAGCGCCGCAACAACAGCAGCAGGGACAGCAGAGGUCCAAAGGGCGAUCCUCGUCAGCCUCGCAGGCGUCGUCGUCGAGGUCAAGCAACCAAUCCCAGCAGAGUCAACAGCAGCAGCAGCAAUCGCAGCGCGCGAAUUCAGUACCUGACGGAUCCGCGGCGUCCGCGGAAAUGUGUGUCCCAUCCUCGCUGGCAGACCAGCAACACCAGCACCACCAGCAGCAGCAGCAUCAGGUGGACAUGAUAUGUGGCACAGCCGGUGGCCUGCAGCCAGUAAUGCUCAACUCAGCCCCUUGCCCGCCCGCCACGUCGCCCUACAACCGAGGCCAGUGCGCUUCCCCACCGACGCCUCCAACGACGCCGCAGCACGUGGCGAUGGCCGCGGCAGCUACGGGCCGCUUCCUGGGUGCCUCGACAGCGGCCACAUUGGCUCACGACGCACUCAGCUCGGUGACGCAGACUGGGGGCAUCGACUGCGCGGCUCAGUUACGAGGUCACGAAGGGGGCGCCACCAGCCGGUCUCUGGCCACGUGCAAGUACGGUGGUGGCGUAGACGCCACGGGCACGGCCGCCCAGGCGUCGGCUCACGCUGUUGCCAUGACGACCGUCGACUCGUACGUCCACUUGGGGCUCAACCCAGCCGGUGGGGGACAGUACGGGCCUUGUCCCGGACCCUGGAACGCACACAGGUUUGCCGACCAGUUCGGCCAAGACCGGUUCCGGAUGGGUUCCUGCUUCGGCCGCGAAGACCACCCACUGGACGGCUCUGCCGGUCCCAUGGCCGCGGCGGCUGUCGACCGCUCACAUCCGGCCAAUUCUGGCGCCAUGUCGACCAAUGCGGGCGUCGUGGACCACCACCACCUGUACCGGAACCACAACUACGGCACUGCAGCUGCAGCCGCGGCUGCGGCCGACUUCCGGAGGUCAGCGCCCGCCGGCUUCGUCGACGCCGACGGGUACUGUUCCACCCGUGGCGUCCUGGGAGUCCAGAACUGCCCAGUCUUCACGCACGUCGUACAGACCACGGCCCAAGACCAAGGACUGUUCGGCACAGAUGGCAGGACACAGAUGAUGGACGCUUCGUCCGGUGCUUGCGCGUACGGGACGGCGCAGGCUCUGGCUGGACACUUCCUGUCGCCCCGAUAGCGUCGUAAAAGUGUAGUGCGUGUGCUUAUGUGCGCAGUCGCACCGUGCACGAGUGAUGUCUUCCGAACUGUGUGCAAUGAAUUGAGUUCAUGAUGAACGCUCGCGGUUCUUACGAAGUGGAGUCGACGAUGCGCUGAAGUUCUGGGCGGUCUGAACAACUGAACCAGCGCGACUUUGACGGAAGUCGACUGCUGAUUUUCUUCUGCGGCGCGCAGCUGUUGAAGACUUGAGUCGCGGUCGGAUGCAUGGUGACAAACUAGGAGCGGACCCUGGCAUUAAAGAACACCGCUUGAAGGCUACCAGAGGUAUUCCAUUGUCUCAAAUGGAGUACACGUAGUGCAACUAUGGCGGCAAGUGAACGCCGUGAACGCCACCUGAACAAUGUCGUGUAGUGUGCCUAUUUGAAAAUAGGUGUGCAGGUCGUUGACGUGGACUUUAAUAUGUGCCUUGUCGCUACGUUCUAUUUCAAGAAAGUUCAUUACAACGUUCUGCAGUCAGCGCAAGGCCUCGGCUGUUCAAGUCCUUAUGAUCCAUCAUCGGUAUUUCCUGCUUCCAGACGAUGAAGUUUGGCGGCUUGUAAUGGGCUUCAGCAAUGUCGUCCAGAUAAUGCAACUCGACGUAAAAUGCAGUUCCUUGGGACUUCGGCAGCACAGUUCAGCAUUUCAGCCAUCUUCGGAAAUCAAGGCAAUUGUGUUGAACAAUGACGGCGAGCGGGGAGAUGUGUGGGGGCGUCGUGACGUGAUACUGAUCAAUGCUUUGAGGGACAGCAAUUCUUCGCUUGAUGCUACGUAGAACGCACAAAUCGAGACAGCUAUGCAGAACGCUCUAAACAAUCUUGUGACGAAGAUUUGCUCCUGAAAUGUUUGGGGGUGCUGCAUGAAAGAUGUGUGCCGACGAGCAGAUCACCUCCUUCAAGCUACGCCUGGAUGGUAGAGACAGACCCUGCGGUUGCCUUUUACAUGUGUGAUGUCACGACUGUGUGUGUCUUUUAUGAGUGUGACGUCAAGUAAAAGUACAGCUCUUCUUGUUGGAUCGUGGGCUAAUCAAGGAAACACUGGACUCUACAUCUCCUCUGGUACCCUUAUAAUGAAAAGUCUAUAUGAGAACUCACAGCACCUGCUUACGUUCACAAGCACCGUGAGUGAUGUUACAUUAGUGUCACGUGCAACGCCCUGAGCCCGACUUAUAUGACAUCUCACAGAAGGCUUCACCAGUAGUCCUUCUGCCCAUGUGCGCUGCAUUUACUUAUCGAUAACCUCGUAAAAGACUAUUCGCGCCUAUAUAGUGCGCCAAUAAUGCUAUACUGUUCUGCAGUAUUCUGCGUCUGCAGUAUCGACUGCGAGCUUCUGCAAACUAGGAGUUUUGAGUGCCUGCCCAAUGCGCAAUUUCAAGUAACACUCAGUGCCUUGUUCCGCCCUUAUUCUUCACUGAAUUUGCACGUUCAAACAGUGUGUCAGGGCUGAGGAAGUUUUGGCCACAAGAAUGACGUAGUGAACUCGUCUUCCUUCUCCUAUAGAUGGAUCUACUUUUGCGAGAAUGACGUAAGACUGUAUGGUGCGGCAUAAUGGACGCCCGAGAAACAUGCUGCUGAGGGCAACAACGUGAGAAUGCUGUUUUCAAUCCCAGUUCCUUCGCUAGUAUGGCGCGUAACGCGAGUGCUGUUGCCGGUGACGCGGGUGGUUACAGAUUGUUACAGGGAACGGCCUCUACUUUUACCAAGCGUUGAACACGCUAUUUCAGUAUUUUCUGAAGUCCACUGAGUGACGCGAAGGCUGCUGCGCAAAUAAAGUAUGGCGCAACGUGACUUCCCCAUCAUACUGUUGUGAGAGAGAUGAUGUAAUGAGUGAUAACGCCGGAAGAAUGGCACAAAGUGUCUUCGUAUUCGAAUGUGUACUCGCUGCAAAAAAAAAGUGUACAUAUGAUGCCCAGCAACCUUAGAGAUCGAAUCAGACC